UUCAGUAGUACUCUUGAUAGAUAGAAUGCAACAACAACUGAAUCAGAAACUAUGCAGUGAGAGAGUAAUGAGAAUGCCAUUAAACUAUUUAGAGCUCAACCAUAAAUUGUAGCAGCGUAAGAGAGAGAGAGAGAGCAUAUUUGCAACAAGAGGUAUAAGUUUUGUUGAGCUGUAAAUGUCCUUCUUCUACACCCUUUUAAUAUCAACCCUCAUAUAGUUUUAUUUUUAUAUUUUCAUUUUCAUUUUCAUUUUCACAUUCAUUCAUCAACAAUAUAAUUCCUUCCACAUGGACCUCUGUCCUAUCGCAUUAAAUCCCCGUUACCUCUUUCCCUCUUCUUUCUCUCUCCGUUCUCUCUUCAAACAAUGUUCAAAAACCACUCCCUAGUCAAAUUUCUAAAACCAUGAAAACAACACUUUCUCUUCUUCUCACACUCCUAUCUUUAACCCUAACCCUAAACCAAUGUUUUUCACUCACUAACGAUGGUGUUUUGUUACUUUCUUUCAAAUAUGCUGUUCUUAACGACCCUUUAUUGGUGCUCUCAAAUUGGAAUUACAGCGACCAAACACCAUGUUCAUGGAACGGUGUUUCUUGUUCCAUAAUAACACCAAACACAAACAAUGAUACACCGUUUCGUGUUACUGGUUUAUCACUACCAAAUUCUCAGCUUGUUAGUUCAAUUCCUUCUGAUCUUGGUACCAUUGAACACCUUCAAAUUCUUGAUCUUUCUAAUAAUUCCAUUAAUGGGUCUCUUUCUUCAAACUUUUUUCAGCCAAAUUCUGAGCUAUGUUUUCUUAAUUUUUCGAACAAUUUGUUAACAGGUGAAGUUCCAGAGUCUUUAACAGAGCUUAGAAAUCUUCAGUUUCUUAACUUUUCAGACAAUGCUUUCACUGGAAAACUACCAAACAACCUCUCAAACAUGCAAAACUUAACCGUAGCUUCGUUUAAGAACAAUUACUUCACUGGUUUUCUUCCUAAAGAUUUACGAACUUUACAAAUUUUGGAUCUGUCUUCAAAUUUGUUAAACGGGUCAUUAACUCAAGAUUUUGGCGGUGAUUCCUUGCGUUACUUGAAUGUUUCCUACAACAGAUUUUCCGGUGAAAUUCCACGGGAAUUCGCCGAGAAAAUUCCCAGUAACGCAACCGUUGAUCUAUCAUUCAACAAUCUCACUGGCGAAAUACCGGAGUCCCCUGUUUUGUUGAACCAGGAAACAAAAGUGUUUUCUGGUAAUAGUGAUCUAUGUGGUGAACCAAUGAAAAAUCCUUGUUCUAUUCCUUCUUCUCCUUCUUCUAAUCCUCAAGGUUCUUCUCCUCCUGCACUCGCCGCAAUGCCGAAGAAUUUUGAUAAUGAUUCUCCUCAAUCACAAACAACAGAGUCUUCAGAGAAGAAACAGAGUGGUUUGAGAAAAGGAACUAUUAUAGGAAUUGUUAUUGGUGAUUUCGUUGGAAUUGGAAUCUUAGCUAUGGUUUUUGUUUAUGUUUAUAAGCUAAAGAGAAAAAAAGAUGCGGAAAAUGCAAUAAAAAAUGAAGUUGCUACUGCAAGAAGUGAGAAUUCUUCAUCAACCUUAGAGACAAAAGGGUUUACAAGGUGGUCUUGUUUAAGAAAAAGAACAGAAGAUGAAGAAUCCUCGGAGACACAAAGUUCUUCAGAUAGUGACGUGGAAAUAUCACAAAAAAAUGUUGAUGCUGAGAAUCAAAAGCAAGGUGAGAAUAAAGCUGGUACGGGUUCGGGUACAGGCACUCUGGUCAUAGUUGAUGGUGAAAGAGAGCUUGAAGUGGAAACACUUUUGAAAGCUUCUGCGUAUAUUUUAGGAGCUACUGGUUCAAGUAUAAUGUAUAAAGCUGUUCUUGAAGAUGGAACUUCUUUAGCAGUUCGUAGAAUUGGUGAAAAUGGUGUUGAAAGGUUCAAGGAUUUUGAGAAUCAAGUUCGGGUUAUAGCUAAAUUAGUUCAUCCAAAUUUAGUUAGGGUUCGUGGAUUUUACUGGGGACAUGAAGAAAAACUCAUUAUCUAUGAUUUUGUUCCUAAUGGUUGUCUUGCCAACGUUCGUUACAGGAAGGUGGGGUCCUCACCUAGCCACUUACCGUGGGAAAUACGGCUCAAGAUAGCAAAAGGUGUGGCACGUGGGCUGACUUAUCUCCACGAGAAGAAGCACGUGCAUGGAAACUUGAAGCCUACCAAUAUUCUAUUGGGCAAUGAUAUGGAGCCCAAAAUUGGAGACUUUGGGCUUGAAAGAAUAGUAACAGGUGACACAAGUUAUAGUAAAGCAGGAGGUUCAGCACGUAUUUUUGGAAGUAAAAGAUCAUCAGCCUCACGUGAUAGUUUUCAAGAUCUUACAUGUGGGCCUAGCCCAAGCCCAAGCCCAAGUUCCAUAGGUGGUGUGUCACCUUAUCAUGCUCCUGAAUCACUUAGGAAUUUGAAACCUCACCCAAAAUGGGAUGUGUACUCUUUUGGGGUCAUGUUUCUUGAACUAUUAACGGGGAAGAUUGUGGUUCUUGAUGAUAUGGGCCAAGGCCCAGCGGUUUUGGUUGAGGAUAAGAAUCGAGCUUUGAGGAUGGUUGAUGUGGCGAUUCGUGCUGACAUGGAAGGUAAGGAGGAUGCUUUGUUGGCUUAUUUUAAGUUAGGGUAUAGUUGUGUGACUAAUGUACCUCAAAAAAGGCCACAAAUGAAAGAGGUGUUACAAGUUCUUGAAAAAACACCAUCUACGAUUUCUUCAUCGUAUUAUUAUAGCCAUUGAAACAUGAUUGUUCCAUAUUUUGUUUUGUAGAAAAAGAAAAAUCAAUGUAUGUAGUUAUGAUAAACUAAUAGGUUUUUGUGUUUGAGUUCAGCGUUGUGUGUAUUGUAUGUAAUUGUUGGAAGUCCAUUGACUAUAUCUCCGUCAAUUCAUUUACUAAUUUUCACCAAACA